UACACACACACACAAAAUAUCCUCAGCACUUCCCGGUCAGUCAUCACAGUAGGGUGUGCUGCAAGAGGAUAGGAUGUGCCACCUGUUCCUCUGACAAAUGCUUGUCUUCCUUUUGUCUUUCACACAGUAAACAUGCAAUGUUCCUUAAUCAGCUCAUAGAACAGAUUUUGUUCUAUCUCAUCAAAAAUGCUGUUGCAACGUAUUUUACAGAUUGCACAUGUACUAAAUCUGCCGUCGUGUUGCACUGCUCAUGUAGACCGCUAAAUAACAACAGCAACACUGGACAGCAGCCAUGUUCAGAGUGAAACGCCAAAAUCGUUCCCAUAUCAAGUCCCCGGUGCAUGUGUUGUGUCAGCUGGCUGUGACUGAAAAUAUACUUUGGGUUUUACCGUAACAAUCAGUGAUACAGCCCCCUGUAAAUCCCUUCAAAUCCCAGCUCUCCUCUACACCUCAGCCCAACAGUCAGCUCCAGUUCUGACUUCUGGGCAGAACAAGAAAAGAUUUGCAUGCACACAUAAAACGGGCAGCUCCACCUGCGUGCAUGCGUACUUGUUCUGCCUUGUCUCGGACUGUGCUGCAAAAACAAACAUGGAUUCUGGAGAACGACACUCUUUGAUGCUCUUUGUGGGAGCCGUCUUGAUUACUGCUACAGUAUCUGCAGUCAACCUGGAGGGUGAACUUUUAAAGGAUCUGAUGAAGGGUUACAACAAAAACGUCCGACCGAUGGACAAGAACGGAAAAAUCACCCAGAUCUUUAUCAAGAUGACACUGACCAACCUCAUCUCUCUGAAUGAAAAGGAGGAGGCCCUGACGACCAGCGUUUGGAUAGAAAUGGAAUGGUGUGACUACAGACUGAGGUGGGACCAGCCCCCUCGAUCAGAUUUGUAUGGGAACAUAAAGUCUCAGCUGAGGGUCCCCUCCAAAAGCAUCUGGCUGCCUGACAUCGUAUUAGAAAACAAUGUGGAUGGACAGUUUGAGAUAGCAUAUUACUGUAACGCCCUCGUGUCUCCUGACGGCUGCGUGUACUGGCUGCCUCCUGCCAUCUAUCGCAGCGCAUGUCCCAUCACCGUUAACUACUUCCCUUUUGACUGGCAAAACUGUACCAUGGUUUUCCGCUCCCGGACUUACAGCGCCAACGAGAUUGAGUUGGUGCUCCAAAAAGAGAAAAAAGAAACCAGCUAUCAUCUGGAGUGGGUGGACAUCGAUCCACAGGCUUUUACGGAGAAUGGAGAGUGGGCCAUCAGACACAGGCCAGCCAAGAAGGUGAUCAACUCCCAGUACAGCGAGGAUUCCUUGGAGUACCAGGAGAUUGUUUUCUUCCUCAUCAUCCAGAGGAAACCUCUUUUCUACAUCAUCAACAUCAUUGCUCCCUGUGUGCUUUUCUCCUCCCUCAGCCUGCUGGUCUACUUCCUACCCGCCAAAGCUGGAGGCCAGAAGUGCACCAUGUCUAUUGCCUCUCUUCUGGGCCAGACUGUUUACCUCUUCCUCAUCGCUAAAAAAGUUCCUGAAACAUCAAACGCAGUUCCUCUCAUUGAAAAGUAUCUGAUGUUUGUGAUGUCAGUGACCACCAUGGUAGUGAUUAACUGUGUGAUAGUCCUCAACGUGUCUUUGAGAACCCCAAACACUCACGUGAUGACGGACAAAGUCCGAAAGGUCUUCCUUAACAUCCUGCCUCAGCUGCUGAUGAUGCGGAUGAAACGCUGGACACCAAACUGUGACAAAAAGUCUCAAAGUGGGUCUGAUGAAGCUGAACCUUGCAGGCGCUGCAGCUCCGUUACCCUCAUCAGCAAAGCUGAAGAAUAUUCAGUAAAAAUAGCUCGAUCUGAGCUCAUGUUCGACAGGCUCAAAGAGAGAAACGGACUGAUGAAAUCAGUGUUAGAAAAGCUACAUGAUGGACUGAGGGAAGGUACAGCUGAGCAGCUGAGAUCCAGCUUGGAGCAGGCCUCUCCAGAGCUGAAACAGUGUGUUGCUGCUUGUAAACACAUAGCAGAAACAGCAAGACACCAGAGCAACUUCCAAAAUGAAAAUGAAGAAUGGUUCCUGGUUGCCCGGGUGAUUGACAGGGUAUCUUUUAUCAUCAUGGCUUUGGUGUUUUUUGUUGGUACCAUUGGGAUCUUCCUGAUGGGCCAUUUCAACCAGCCUCCCUUGACACCUUUCCCUGGGGAUCCAAAGAUGUAUCUUCCUUUAUUAGAGAACGACACCGUAUAAAACAAACAUCUAGGAUGAAUCACGUCUAAAGUAAAAUGAAAAAAGGGAGAAAGAAGAAAGCAAAGCAGUGAGUUGUGAGUCUGUGAACAGAGAACCUGUUCAUGUUUCAUAAUUAAUUGUUUGAAUGUACACUUUCAUGAAUAAAAAUAAUAAAAUGUCAUGUUUUGGCUC